AAGCCCUCACGUAUAAUCAAAAAACCCCAAAUCCCUAAAUAAAACAUUACGCCUAUUCCCCUUCUCGAACAAUAUCAUCCUUCCCUGUUGAUCUUCAGAAGUCUCCACUUUAUGAUUUCUCCUGUUCUUCACAACCUGCUCUGCCCAUCGGCACGCAUCGCAUAUGUCUAAACGGUUAGAAUCCAAAUCUUUAGGUAGUUUCUAAUAUCUUACACUUAUUUAAUCCCUUUCUCUAUCCGUUGAGAUUCCUGUUUCCAUACAAAUACUUGUCAUCAACAAUUAAGCAUUCAAUUUCUAUCAAUAAAUCAAGGUCCAGUCACUUUGGCAGGUAAUGUUGAGUAGGUGAUCCACAAGCACGUCUGUCAGUUGCUGCAAGGAUUCAAUGGGACUAUUAUAAGUUUUUCGGUGACCAUCAGCCGUUGUCUAAUUGUCUUAGCUGAUUGGCAAAGUUUUCUGUUCAUGUUGUAUUAAAUUUAGCUUCAGUACUGUAUGAUAUAGGUACUUCUUUUCUAAUCAGUUCUAUAGAUAAUAAAUGGAACUCGGUUUGGUUGCUCUCAGGGUUCACCACUUGUAUAUAAUUGCACCCAAAUCGCACUCUUAAUCUGUACAUUAGAAGUGCAUUUGGUGGCUUUGUUCGAGUUGAAUUUUUGGGUUUAGGUUUGUUUUCAGGGAUUGAUCCACUAGGUCAAUCAGAUACAAAUGGAAGGAAAAUACGCGAAGGCAUUGGAUAGUGAUCGUAGAGUUUUUGACUUGAAGAGGAAGAGAGCUUCUAGGUACGCUACAUUUCUGGCUCGCAAUGCGAUUCCAAAGCUCUCUACUUUGAAGUCUUCUGUGGCAAAGCUUGGCAAGCGAAAGAAACCUGAUGUUUGCAAGACCAAGGGCAGAAGCUGUACGCAUGCUUCUCAUAAGUCUUUGGUUAGAUAUUACUCAAACUUUAUGAAAAGUGGGCUGCCUAAACGCUUGAUGUUUUUCCACAAUGGUGAAUGGAUCGAUCAUGAAUUGGAUGUUGUUGCCUUGGUUAAAAAAGAUUUCGAAUAUAAAAUAGCGGCUGUAGAAGUAAAAUUCAAGAGUUACCAUCUGGUGAUUGAUUUUGUGCAUAUGGUGCAGUUCAAUUUUAAAACAUUUUUAGAACAGCCUAUUGCAUGGAUUGAUGAAGGAGGAUGCUGUUUCUUUCCUGAAAUUUAUACAAAUUGUAAUGAGCGGCACAGACAUUUCCAUUCUGACAUUCUGAUUGAUGGGCCACAAGAAACUCAAGAUAUAAAGCUACAGAUUGAAAUUCAAGUGAACGGGAUUGGUGAUUCGAAGUUGGUGGAGUAUUGUGGUGAAUCGAGUCCUUUCGUCAAACGAAUAAAAGUUUGUCAGAAUGCUGAAACUGAGGAUAGCUGUGAUAAGGUGUCCAAUGUAAGAAUGAAUGAAGAUGUUGGAGAAAACCAACAUCUGCUGAAAACUUUUGAUGCUGAGGUUGAGAAUGUGAAGUCAUAUUUGGAUCCCGAUGUUGUGAAAGAAAUGUUUUUAAAAGGCAUGGAUUUUACUUCUGGCCCAACAAUUGUAGAAAUUCACCCCUACACUGGUUCUCUGUGUCAGGCUCAGUUGGAGCUUUUUCUAAAGCAGGUUGAGAUAACAAAAAAGUGCCGUGGUAAUGCUAAUAUUAGCUAUGCAUGGCUUGCAUCAACAAAAGAUGCAGUGUCAGCUAUUAUGACUUAUGGACUUGGGCAUUUUGGUUAUCAACAAAUUAAGUCCUUUUAUGGAACUGGUGUACAUCUUGCAGCUGCAAAUUGUGCUGAUGCCAGUGCAAACUAUUGUGAUGUUGACGAAAAUGGAGUGCGACAUAUGGUCCUUUGCCGUGUCAUCAUGGGAAAUAUGGAGGUAGUUAAUCCUGGGUCCAAGCAAUUCCACCCUAGUAGUGAAAGCUUUGACAGUGGAGUUGAUGAUCUUGAAAAUCCACGACAUUAUAUAGCGUGGAGCAUGAAUAUCAAUACUCAUAUAUAUCCCGAGUAUGUUGUUAGUUUCAAGGUUUCUGCUAAUUAUGAAGGUGUUCUAAAGAAUGGUGGCAACCAUAAGGUUGUGAAAGUUGAGACUGUUCAUCAGAGUCCGAUAGCUCGAUGUGAAAUUGAGGUUGCAACUAACGUUGGAAGUGAUCAUCAAUCAAACGUAACCAGUGAUGGAAGCAAGGAAAGAUGUGCUAGUUUGAGUUCAACCGCACCAAGUCUUCCAACGUCCCCUUGGAUGCCAUUUCCUUUGUUAUUUGAAGCAAUUUCGAAGCAAAUUCCUCAAAGUAGCUUGAAGUUGUUACUGGCUCAUUAUGAUUUGUUGAAGGAACGGAAAAUUUGUCGGGAUGAUUUCAUAAAGGAGUUGAGAUUGAUUGUUGGUGAUACUCUAUUGAAGUCUACCUUAAAACAGCUCACUUGCAAGGUAGCGCCGAAGGACAACUCGAUAGUAGCUGCAAAGCAAGUAGGAAGUUAAAAGAUAGCCUGUCUCUGAAAUGUGUCGACUUCAAGUUUGUAACUAAUAAACUUUUCAAGGUCAAGUUUGUUUCAUUUGCUGCUCGCGUUGUGAUUCUGUCUAUUUUACAGUUGUACAAUGCUUUAUGUUGACUCCAGUUCUUGUUUGGUAACUAAAACCCUGUGGAUAUAAGCUAGUAAAACUGCCUGUUUGAAAUUUUGAAAAUUUGAAAACAUUGAUAAAAAAUCAAAAAAUAAA